AUACAAAGUAUAAACAAGUAAAGUAAGUACAACACAAUUUCUAUAGAAUGGAGCUAUAUGUGCUUCAAUAAAUAAAACACAUAAAUAUAUACGGAUGUUCAGUGGGGAAUGAAAAAGAAGAAGAGCACGAAGACGAAAGGGUGAUAAAGAGAAGAGUGGUGAGGUGGAAAAAAAAAGAGAAGACUCAUGAGAAUUAUAAGUUUAGCUCCGUGAAUUGCUAUAAUACGAAAUGGUUGGAUGUAGUACCUACAUAUAUAUGUGUACAUAGUAGCCGAGAGAGGAUUUUAUAUAUUAAAUUAAAACCGGUUCAUAUAUAGUAAAUUGCGAUGUGUACAUUUAAGUUUUAUAUGUAUCUCUCGGGUGUAUAUUGUGUUCUUGGUUUGUUGCAAGAACAAAAAUACAUAUUUAUAUUAUAUAUGGGUAUAGCUACAUAUUUGUACAUAUGGUCUCUUUCUGGAUUUGGCCCGCAGAGUGUAGUCUACUACGAGAGGGAAUAUGGGAAGUUGUGUAGCGACAAGAAAAAGGGAAGAUGUAUAAAAUGAUCAUUUUUCUUUUAUAUAGAUUUUGUACAUUUACUUUAUAUAUAGUAUGUAGGUAUACACAUAAAUCAGAAGCAUGCCACUUUAUUCGAUUCUCGUUUUUUUUUUCUUGCUGGUGGUGUUCCUCUCACUAUUCGAUGAGAGAAGACGUUUUUAUUUCUCUAUUUGCCAUUAUACAUAUUAUGUGUACAUACAUAUACAUAAUCCUCGAUGGCAGCAGAAGACAGAAAGUCGAGAAAUAUACUGUUAGAGCAAAACUUGAUCGUUGCUUGGAAAUAACGAGUAAUCGUUUAGUAUAAAACCCACUUUGAAACUGCGCGAAAGCUUUUACAAUUCAUAAAAAUGUAAAAUAAGACACGAGAAUGAGAGUCAAAACUUUAAAUAUUCUCAACACGUGUAAAAUGAUGAUGACGGAAUUUAGGAAGGGGACUUCUCGUUUUUUUUCCUCUCUUUUGGGUAGGUAUUAAAUGAAACACGGAGAAAAUGCUAAUUAAUACCUAUGUAUACAGAAAAGCUCAAGUACAGAAAGCACUUUGAGUUUUUUUUUGCGCUAAACAUGGGGUGACUUAUUUAGAAUAUAGAACGCGGGAAGGACUAAGAGAAAUGUAUUUUUUGUAAUUCAGAAAAAAAAGAUCAAGACGUUUUUUUACUGAUAUACUUCAAGGUGGGAUUUGUAGCUAGGUUACCUUUUAACAUAUUUAGAAAGAUUUAAAAAAAAAUAUGUAUAGUGUAAUGAACACUAGGGAAAAUUUAUAUUAAAAUAUUUUUUUAAAGAGAAUUAUUUUGAUAUCUUUAAUUCUUUUUGAUAACAUUUAUGACAAAUUGAGUUAGGUAAUAGAUUGUAUAAAAAAGUUAAUGACUUACAAGUUUAAAAGAAUAAUUGUGCUUCGUAAGGGGAAUGGCAAAGAAUAUUAUUUAGAGAAUUUUAAGGUUACUCUGUUCUUACUUUUAACACCUUUUAAUAAUUUUUGCAAAUGAUUCGUAAGUAAUUUUCUUGAAUUUUUCUGUAAACAAGAAAUAAUUCUUUGUUUUUAUAUUUUACUCUAACUGCAAUUUAUGAAGCAGCACAAGAUUUUUACUUUUCUUGUAUCUUUCAUUAUAUUUUUUAUUGGUUUCCUUUAUUAGGCUAGUAUGAAAUUUAGGUAUUAUUAUACCUAUACCAUACAUAUAAUUUUUUAAAGUUGUUGGGAAGCAAUACCUAUAUGUAAUGUCUACGGUCAACGUUAUUUUGUGGAAAUAUAAUUCAUUUGGAUAUUUUUCGGGUGUCGUCUUACAUUUUGAAAAGUAUAAAUAUUAUAUGUAGAUACCUAUAUAACAUAAUAUUUAUUCAAGUGAUGAACAGAAGAAAAAAAACCUGCCACGCUAUUCAUCGGACUUAUACAUAUUUUCAACAUAUAUGUAUAUAACAUACAUACAUAUUAAGAGAUGUAAAGAGAGAAAACAUGAUAUACGGACCUUGGCUCGAUUCCACAUACUAUGUCAAUUUAUAUUAGCAUUUUCCCUCUCUUUUGCACUUUAUUCGGCAUACAUGUAAUUUAUGAUGCCACAUUAUAUACACUAAAAUUCUGCAUUAUUAAAAUUCACUGACAUUUAUAUUCCCCACUCUCUCUACCUCUCUCAUACACAUUUAUGCAUACAAUUCUUUUUUCAACCAUUCAAUGAGUAGAGUAUAUGUAUAUCGCACUAUGAUAUGUGAAAUAUGCUCGUUCGUCAUGCGUGUAUAAGAUUUCUAUAACUAAUAAGAAUUGUUCUUGAGAAUAAUUGAUCUGUAUAUUAGGUAAUAUUUCAGAGAAUGAAUAUUAAAAAGAAAUAAGACAUUAUUUAUUGAUCUACUUUUUUUUUUGCUUGCAUUUCUAAAGGUCAAACACUUUGAGAGAGGAGGUGCCUAUGAGAGAUCCCCUUUACCUCCCUAAAUGGUUAAUAACAAAAAAAAACUCACAUCUCCACGUACCAUGAGGUAGUAUUUCAUAUUCUUAGCCAACGACCCUUAACUUCUUUAUUGUGGUUGCAUUGCAUUUUCUCAUAAGAAAUGUUUUAUUUUAUUUUAGUAGAUAUUUAUACAUAAAAUAAUAAUGCGGGGACAUACACGUAAUGUAUUCAACGCUCUGCCUGCAAUAUGUGUUGGAGGUGGUUUAUUUUUGCCAUCUUAUUUUUUUUUCGUCUUCGUUUCUGUUGUUGCUUGGAGACUGGCCAAACCAGUUACGUCGUCUUGGCAACUUAUAAUUAUAUAUAACUGGACCUUAAAUAUGGCGAGUUGAUCUCAACACAACAUUAUAUGUAUAUGUAAUAUACAUACAUAUAUCGUGCACUUAAGAAAGACGAAGAGUAUGUGAAAAGAGCAAAGAAUCAAUUAUCCGUGUAAAGAUUCUACCUCUUCGCGUUUUCAUCUAUUAUUUUAGCAGCAGCAUGAUGGGAAUUACUCCCAUGCAACUUUUGCUGUAUUAUGUACAGUAGGUACAUAUUUCCACAAGACUAAUCUUGGCGGUGGAGAAAGAGUUGUUUUUUUUUCUUUUUGAACCAUAAAAUGUGAAGGUGAAUCAUUUUGCACACACAAAAAAUAUAUAUGAAGAGAAAACAUGUUUACGAUCGAAGAUAAAAUAUACUAUAUACAAUACAUAUAAUGAGAUAGGAAUGGUUGGAAAAAAAAGUGAUAUUUCUCAGUAAUAAUGUAUCAUGAUUUCAUCAACUUUUAAUUACAACGUAUACAUAAUACUGUACAGAGAUAGAAAAUACAUAUAUACAUUAUCUAUACUGAAUAAAAUUUUAUAAGUUAUCAGCACAAACUGAUAAUUGACAAUUGAUUUGUAUAAUCUUAUCACUGUCAUAUAUAUAUUGCAUUUAUUGAUAACAUAAAGAAGUGAAAUGAAAACAAAGUAUAACACAUUAUCUAUCUACCUAUUAAUACACUUGAAUCAUAAGUUUAGGUGACAUUUAAACUUUUUUUUUUUGAAAAAUCUUAAGUGGUUUAUCUAAAAGAAAUGAGCAAUUAUAUAUAAAAUUAAUGAAAUUUUUCAUCCUUUCCUAGCUAUCAUGUAUCGUUCACUGAUGACUUAAAAGCCAUUUUUUAGAAUAAGAAACUUUUUACGUCUAUAGGAUGGUAUCGAGAGAUUAUACAAAAAAUAAUUGCUCCAUAAGGGUUUCACUACGUGUGUCUGUGUAGAAUUCCUGAUUAAAUUUAGAACUUUUCAAAUCUAUUUCAAGUUGUCCAUUAAAAAAAAAUGUAGGAGUGACUUCCUUUGAAAUGCAUAUAAAUAUGAAAUAUGAAUUCCAUUAAUUAAACUGUCACUUUGUAUAUUUUGCAAAAUAACUCACCAUGUGUGUAUCCAAUGUGAUCUUCACUCUCAUAUAUUGGAUUAGCCAUCAGUAAGGCAAAACGUCAAUUUUCUAUAUAUCAUUUUAUUGAUUCCGAUUUUUUUUUCUUUUCAUUUUAAUUUUUCAUUCAUUUUGGCAAUACAUAAUAUGUAGUACAGAAGCUAAUAUACGGAACCAAGGGCAUGUGAAAUGCGAUAAAAUUAAUACGUAUUCCCGCAGUGUUUAAACGACUGAUUAACAUGGGUGUAUUAAAUGUGUGCAUGACUCUUACUUGGUACACUCAGGGAGCAAAACUCAAGUUGCUAUAUUGAAAGAUAAACUAAUUAGUGAGAGAGUCAGAGCUUCGUAAUUAUACGUGUGGGUUAACUUUGCAAUAGCAUUACCUAUAUAGGUAUAUAAAUGUGUGUUUCCAUAUAAAACUCUUACGUAUUAAAUCGGUCAAGUGAUUUUUCGUUUGAAGACGUGAAAAUACAAACAUAAAGUGGAGGGAGACUUGAAAACAAACGGAAUUCUCCUCAUUUUGCUGAAUAAUAGACAUGGUUUUUUGUUAACAAUUUUACUUUAUUACAUUUUAGUUGUGGUAAAGUGUAUUUUUUUUCUUUCAAUUUCCAUUUAAAGCUUCUCUGCUUUUUUCGGUGUCAUUUGUCAUUCAGCUACCUAUGUAUUUUUACAAUAUUACACGUUUAUACAUACAUAGGUAGCUAGUAAGUAACAUAUUUAUGUAAAUAAAUCUGUUUAUGUAUAAAAUUAUGAAGCAAACAAAAAAAAACAUUUUUUAUAUAACCUUUCAUAAAUUGAUAUUUUACAGUGUAUAGAUAUAUAGAUAUUUAAUGUAAAACUAUUAUUUAAUUUUUUUCAUGUCGACUUUACUCAAGGGAUUGAAUUUAUUAGGCCUAUUUAAAAUUAAAUGAAAACCAUAAGGAUUUACACUUCAUUCAAAAGAAAUUUAAUUAAAAUUUAUAGAUAAUCAAAGAAAUUUCUUAACUUUUUUUUUAUAAAGUUUUUCUUAACUAACUUGUUUUUCACAAGUUAGAUGGCAUAAAAAUUAACAUAAAAUUGAUGUUUUAAUUUCCACAAGACUUUCUUUGAAUAUUAACCUACAAUAUAAUAUAUUACCUCAUUAACUGGACUACAUGUCAUAAAAGGAGUGUUCUGGUUACACUUGUAAUAAUUCUCAUGACAAAUUGAAUAAAAAAAAAGCUUACCUUGAACAAGGUUAAUGAAUCAUUUAUUUGAAUAAAUGAUAAUUUAUUAAAGUAUAUAGUCUGGGAAUAAAUAAAGAAAAAAUAAGUUAAAAAAAAUGCUAUUCAAGGAAAAUUGGUGGGAAUUUUUUUUUAUUGUUGACUAGUGUAUGGUAUUUUGUUGUGAUAUUACGUGGUUUACAUACGUUGGAUUGCGAAUGUUGCGAGAGAAAUAAAAAAAAAUAAGCAAGACACACAAUAAAAUGUACAUAGCUACAUAAGUAGGUAUGUAGAGAGAGAGAGAGAGAGAGAGAGGUUUACGAAGCAAAAAAAAGUGAUAGGUACAAAAAUAAAUUGAGGAAUUACAUAGCCUUGGUGAUAUUUCAUUAGUAUUCUCAGUUAUCUCGGUAUUCAAAUCAAUCCUCCAAGUGGAUUUAAUAUUCAUUCUGUUGGUACAAUACAUAAAUUACCAAGUAGUUAUCUGCUUAUGCGCACACCUAGUCGACAACCUGAAAUAAUGUACAUACAACAUAUUUAUGUAUUCAAUCAUUGUACCCCGGCUAAAAUACAUAGCACAGUCAUGGGUUUCUCCACACUAUAUACUCCACUCUCUGUAUGUUUAACAUCAUAUUCACCCAUCCAUUUAUUCAGCACUUUCUUAUAUUUCCACUCUAUAUUAUUAUUAUAUUAUUUUAUGUAGAUAUAUGUACAUACGUAGUACAUACAUACAUAUAUGUAGGCAGACCUACACACUUUAGUUUUCUUUCUCUCUCUGUUUCUCUGUUCCACUUGUAUGUAUUUCGACGUAUAUCUUAUGCUGCUCUUUUUUUUACGAAUGUGCUCAAAUGUAGCAAUUGACACAAAGAAGGAAUUUUUGUUAAAGGCAAAAGACUCGAUCGUGUUUUCAACUCACGACCAAUUGUGCUGUAUGCGAUAGAACGAGAUGUAUGGAAUAUAUAAAUAGUAUAAAGAAGUUUUGCUACUACUUUUACCUCAAUUUCAACUCUCCCCACAUAUAACUUUAUUCCACUGCUAUGUCUGGUUUUCAUAUUUUCCUCCUUCUCUUCUCUUGUUCAACACUCAAACUCUUUUCAUUAAAUGAAAAAUAAGAAGAAGAGAAUUUUACACUGUAUACUUCCUCUAUUUUUGUGUAACUGACAAUAAUGGUGGAAAAGCCAGAGAGAAAUAUAAAAUGUACAUUGACGACAUAUGUAUAGAGGAGAUGACGAAAGUCUCAUGAUACAUUGUAUGUAUGUAGAUAUGUACAUUUACGCCAUUUUGGCAAACUCGAAAGAUAAGGCACGAAUAAACUAAAUAAAGUUCUUAAAUUACAGAAAUAUGUGUAGUUAACUUUAAUAGGUUACUUAUUAUUUGUCUUUGUAUAAAAAAAAUCAAUCAAAUUUAAAGGUUCCAUUCAACUGCAAAAUUUAAUUCUGAGAGAGCAUUUCUUUCUCAACCGUGUAACCUCUAAAGGUAAUACCUUUAGAAAAAAAAUAGAUUAAACCUGAGAGCACUGACCUAUAAUUGUGGUGUUAAAAAGGGUUUCAUUAUAUAUAAAUGAUAUACAUAACUUACAAUAGAUAAAAUAAAAUGCAAAUAUGAUGAUUCUUCAUUCUUAAAUUAGAGAUAACAUUAACUGUAUAAGUUUCUUUCGUUUUCUCUCUCACUAUUCAUUUUAUUUCACGCCCAUUUUCGCAUGUGAAUAUUUUAAUAAUAAUAAAAUAAUAAUAGGUAGGUAUACAUUUUUUGCACUCUAAUGUUAUAUACAUAUUAUGAGUAUAAAACAUGUGAAGUAAAUUUUAAAUUAAUGCAAUUAAAAAUGCAAAAAUUCUUCCUCUUUUAUAUGCUCCACUGAAUUUAAGCAGUGUAUUUGUGUUGUUUUUUUUUCUUGUACAAUGAGACUCCAAAUUGACAAGAAGUUCGCUCUAUUUCCUUUAACCCUCAUACAAUUCCGUAAAAAAAACGCACAAAGAAUGUUGUUUUAGCAAAAAAAAAAAGAUCCCCUCAUGAUAAUGUUUAAAAUUAUAUAUAUAUCUUGCUAUGUAGGUAUACAUACAUAUAUCGUCGUACGUGUUAUAUUCGAAAAGGCAACUGUUUCGUGUUCGUUUUCGAGGGAGGGCAAACAGGAAGAACAACGCUGAGUUAAUAAAACGCAUUAAGUAUCGUUUAUAUCGUAUAGAAAGCAUUGGAUGAAGAAGAAAAAAAAAUAACGAUGCGAUAUCAGUGAGAAUGAGUGAGAAACACCGAUAAGGGACACAUGUGUGUUGUAAUAGGAAAAAUCGAUCAUCGAUUAAUCCAACUCAUAUAAUGUGUAUAGGUAUUAUUUAUCAAAUACUUUUCUUUCACUUGUCUUUAUUUUCCUUUUUUCAUUUUUUUUAAUUGCCUUUUUUGUUCCGUACAUUGCAUUAAUUUCUUCGUCUAUUUUUGCAUUUUUUUUUUUAAUUCUUUUAUGCUACUUUUCUGUUGGUGCUACAUUUUAUAAAGUAUGUACAUAUCGUAUAUCUCGCAACAAUGAGUUAAACAUACACUCUGGAAACAUAGAAUUUUGCAGGAAGAAGAACCUAAUAAAAAAAGGAAAGGAAGGAAAUCACAUGAAUACGCUAGACUGGAAAAAAAAGAUACAUGGUUUAGGGUAUGCAGCACAUAAGGAGGUGCACUUAAAAUCCUCUAAUUGUGAAUCUAUGAGCGCAUGUGCAGCAUAUCGGUAAUAUCUACGUACAUGUAAAGUAAUAUAAAAUAGAGAUAUACGAAAUAUAUCUACUGCUAUGACUGCUGUUCUAUAUGAUUCUCUAUGUACCACAUCUCUCUUCUUCCUACUCCAUUUUUAUACACACUCAAUCCGUCCUAUAAAUGUGUACAUAUAUUUAUAAACACGGAUUUUGCUGCAGAAAGAGAGGGCAAACAUGUUAAUCUUCAUGUGAUAAAAUUUAUACUCAUAAAUGUGGAACAUUUCAUACAUGUAAAUAAUCUCAAUUAUAGCGUAUACUACAAAGUAUGCGAUUUUUUUUUUUACAAACGGCUACAAACUCCAACUUGGGGUUAAAACUAUUUACUUAACUUGCACGACAUUCUUACUCAUCACAAAUCCACCAACCGACCAUAUUAAAUUUCCAACUGUUUGGGUGAAAUGCUGUGAGUGCGAAAUAUGUAGAAAUGUAAUGUAUAUUUCAGCAUUAUGCACUGCACAUUGCACUACAAACUGAGCAGAUAAUUUUUCAACCAACAGCUAUGUAUGUACCUACCUACAUACAUUUUAUAUGUAACAUCAGUACUGUGUCUCCCUACAUCCUUCUCUUUUAUAGCCCACACGUACAUUAGUAGAUUACAAUACAAACCAAAAAGUCUUUUUACUAUGUUUAAAGUUUUUAAUUGAGCUUAGAGCUGUUUUAUAAUGACAAAAAAAAAGAAUUACGAAAUAAAAGAAUUAGCAAUGAAUUCUAAAAAAACGUACAUUCCACUAUAUCAAUGAACGUUAAACGUUUUUAUUCAAUGUAUUAUAAUUUAUUUGAAAUUCUUGAUAAUUCAAUAUAAUAGCUUGUUAUAAGUCGUAAGAACUUAAUAAAGGACACUUGUUAAAAAAAAUUAUUUAUCAGUAAUAAAUGCCAUCAAAUUUUAAUCAGAGUAUACCUAUAAAAUUUUUAUUUUAUGGGUAGGUACUAAUUAAUUGAAAUUUUAUUUUAUUUUAAGGUCAUAGAGUACACAGUACAGUUCACAUAGUAUGAUAAAUUCUUUCAAGUUCACUGCUUUAUUUAUUUAUUUUUCUUCUUUUUUUUUUCAAUAAAGCAGUUUCUAUGAACGAUUUGUUCUUGAAAGUGUUUACACAAACAACAAACUUUCUCAAUCAAAAUGGUUUCCAUUGUAGAAUUUAUAUUGUACCUACAUUUUAUACAUUAUUAUGAAUACCUAUAUGAAUAUUGAUUGGAAAAUGCAAAUAUAUUUUUGCUUAUAUUACAGAUAUUUAUAUAGGGAAAAGUGGUUUAUGUGUGUAGUAUAAAUAAUAUAAUAUAUAGGUAUAUUUUUUUCAUUGACAUAACGAAGAAUGGGAACGUGUUUUUAAUUUUUAAUUAUAUUGUGACAUCAUACGGCAAAAAGUAAAUGUAGGUAUAUUUAAAUAUUUAAUAGCGCGAGUUUAUCAGACAUUUUUUUUUUAUCAACGGAAAAAGAAAAAAAAUAAUACCUACCAACAUAUUUGUAAAUUGUUUUUUGGAAAAAUUCACUUUGAAUGAAAUAUUUUGACGAAUAAUUGUAUGUAUGUAGGUACUUAUAUAGUUGGUAGAUAUAUGUACGCAGCAUAUAUCUCAUACAUUUUCUUCUUAAUACAUAUUAUUUGCAUUUUCUGACUAUAACAUUUACUUGGCUCCCAGCCAGGGUAUUCAAAAAUAAAUUUUCUCUCUCAUUCCCUCUUCCGAGAAGUGUAUCAUCCAAUUUCUUCAUGGAAAAUGUGCAAUUUUUAUACAUAUCUCUCUUUGUUUAUUUUGUGUAGGUACCUAUAUUUUUUAUACAUACUUUAAAAUAUUACAAAAAAAAUCAUAAUUAUGGUUUCCCCCUUGAUUUCAAUUUAGUCAGCUUGUGUUUAUUACUUCUUUCUUUCUCUUAUUUUUUUUUCAUAUCUUUCUAAAUAUAUGUGAAGAAUAUGAAUUAUCUAUAUGUAGUAAGUGCCUAUACAUAAUUUUUUCUUUUCUUUUCUUCUCUUUAACUCAAUAUAAUACAAUAAGUAAUGGUAUAGUUACAUUAUGAAUCCAAAUCAAUUCACUUGUAUACCUUCAUGUGCGGAAAGAGUGUUGUUGGGAAGAGAGAGAGAGAGAAGAAAAAGAAAUUAUUUGUAUGCUCUCUGUCUCCCCUUCUUUAGAUCUCAAAAUGUUGGCUUGAAUUAUGUACAAAUGUAUAUGCAUAUAAGUGGAGAUUGGAGUAUGUUUGUAUAUGUUUUUCUUAUAUACUAUAUAUUCGCUUUUUAUGUAAUAACACACUAUCUCUUUUGUACAACAUCAUACUCAUCUACUCUAGCACACAAACCGUAAUAUAUGACUAUUUCAUUUCACUCUGGUCGAUUUCAUAGAAUUUCAACAGUCGGUCGCGAACCGUUGAAGGUGAAACGUAAGAACACUGUAGUUACGUGGAAUAAGAGACAUUUUAGUCUGCAAAAAAAAAAUAGAAAAAAGAAUUAAUUUACAAAACAGAAAAAAACUAACAUGAAUAUUCAGCGAAAUUGAGUGGAUUAUAAUUGAGAAAAAAAAAAGAAAACUCGUGAGGGUAUUUUGUAUGAUUCACAGUGAAAAGAAAUUCAAGGAGUAUUUAAUAGUUAAAAGUUUAAAAUGUAAGCUGCUUUUAUUCAAAAGUAUGUGCAGUAGUACUUUGUGAGUGAAUCACUGGCCUUUACUACUAUUUUUCACUCUCUCUCUCUCUUUUCCUCUCCAACAACCCAUUUGGGAUCAAUUUGUGGAUAAAAUACAUACCUACUAUUUAAAAAAAAAGUGAUUGUGUGCUAAUUAGAAGUGAAUUUAUUUAUAGUCACACAAUUCUAUUGCAUUUAAUUACAGUGACAUGAACUCUGCGUUAUUCACGAUAUCUACCUAUAUACAUAUAUAAAAAGAAAAUACUUUUCGCAUUACUAAAAGAGUGAUGAAAUAUUAAAAAAAUAUUUUAAAAGUGUCAGAAAGAAGGAAUAUUUGAAAGAAAGCAAAUAAGAAGAAAAGAAAAAGUAGAAAAUAUAAACCCAUAACUAUACCUAUAUAUUUAUGCUUUAGAGCUAUGUAUAAUACAUAACAAUAUCUAAAAUAUUCAUUUAAGACUUUACUGAAAUUGAUGAUCGUUCUCAAAACUGAAUAGUGUGUGAAGUGAUCUUUUUUUGCCUCUCUUUUGCACCUUCAGUGGCCUCUGAAAAAUGCCACGUUAUUGUCGAGAUUUAUUCAAUUAGUGGAAAUAAAAGAAGUUGUGAAGCAAACAUUGUAAAUUACGACGUUGACGUCAUCAACGCUUAAAAAAAAGUGAUUUGUGUGUUCUUUUGAAGUUAAAUCGUAAAUAUAAGAGUGUAGAUUGAAUUGAAUAAUAAUAUUAAAAGUAUUUACUCCAAUUAAAUGAGUAUGUAAGGUACUAAUUAACUAUGAGAUAGCUCAAGAUGGUAUUAUAUUGAAUUUAUUGUGAGAAAGGAACUAUUGAUUAAAGGAAAACAUACGUACAUACAUACUAAUAUAUAUAGUGAAUAAGAAAGAAAGGAAGAAUUUAAUGUAGUAUAUAAUUCCGUCUGGAGCAUACAAAAAGAAAAGAACUAGCAGAGAGAAUAAGAGAAAUAAAAAAAGUAUCCAUCCUUGGUGUGUGAAGUGUGCAUUUAGUGCAUUUGACAAUGGAAUAGAUGAAGGGGGAAGAAGGAAUAAAAAAGUAUAGUGAAAAACGUGAAAUAUAAGGAGAAAGAAGAACGAAGGAGAGCAAAAGAAAAGAAACAAAGAAAAUUGUGAAGAUAUAUAAGUAAAAUAUUACAUCGACGUCACUGAUGGCAUUCAAAAUGUCUGCAAGGAGUGUAGAAUGAAAUAUUACAUUCCCUUUACAGCCUGGGAGAGGCGAGAUAUUGAAUAUCGCGGAAGUGAUAAACACAAAGACAUCGAGCGCGAGAGGAUGGAUCGCCAGGUGCAUCAGCAGCAACAACAAUCACACGAUCGUCAAGAUAAGCAGUCGUGUACAACGGCCGAGCAGGCUGUGAGCAAACACUUUGAGGAAUCUCUUCGUAAUGUUAAGGAUAAAAAUGCCGCAAAUUUCGGAUAUCCCGUCAUCAAGUCACCCGUAAAGCAUAUGCAUUCAGCAUGGAAUCUGAAUACCCUGCCGGCACAGAAUCCAGUUCCGCACUUGUCCCACAUCAGUAUACCUGCGCAUAUGAUACCCACGGUGGGUGGUAUCCAGACAUCAGUGGGGGGAAGCCAAGUGGUGGGUAGUGGUGGUGUUAGUGUAGUGGCAGGAAAUUCAAGUAGUAGUGGUGCUAGUGGGGGAAGUGGAAAUAAUGGGAAUAGUGAUCCGAGUCAGGAGGACAAACGCCGUCGGAUGGAGCACGAACGACUCGUGGCUGCUGCAGCGGAUCGGGAUAGUAGGGAGCGAGAACGGGAGCGUGAACGUGAAAAGGAACUCGACCGUCUGCGGCAGCAAGAGCAACAGAGAGCAUACUACAUGCAAACUGGGGUUCAACGAGCACCAACGAAAAGUGCAAGUGACUACCAUCGUGGAAUUUCAAUUGUACCACCGCCGUCAAAAACAAGACGAGAAGAUGAGAAACCCAGUCCAAUGAAGGAUCUCAAUACACAUCAACCCUAUACAUUGUAUAGUGGUUUUUCCGGAUACCCUCCGGGUGCAUUUCAAAAGGACAUCAAGACAAAACAAGAAAUGUCUCUGCCAGCACCACCACCUCUGAUGUCUGAUGUGAAACAUUCGACGGGUGUUAUUGUGAAGCACGACACGAAUGCAAUAAAGCAAUCACCAAUGCAAGUGGUGCAUACACCCAAAGCAUCCCACCAGCAGCAACAGCAGCAGGCUCACUACAAGGCUGUGACUGGUGGUGUACCCGUGUCUGCUGGAUCAACACCGCACAUUAUGUAUGAUUAUCGUGUGGCAGCACAGCAGCAUGGUGCUCAUGAGAGGUACAAACAGCAGACGGUGUCGGUGAUGGCAUCACCUCAGUCGUCAUUUGGACAGGCGGUGUCUGUGACGAAGCAACAGCAACAGCAGCAGCAGCAACAACAACAGCAGCAGCAGCAGCAGUCUCAGCAAUCGCAGCAAGUGCAACAAGUUCAGCAGGUAACGUCUCAAAUGCAACAGCAACCAUCACAGCAGCAGCCACCACCGCAGCAAAGUCACUAUGUGCAUGUACAGCAAAAAUCGAAGGUUUCCUCACCGGCACCAUCUCAUAUUUAUGGGAAGCCCAGCGGUGCGGGAAUUGUGAGUGGUAUUCCCGUGUGUCGACCACAGGAAUCUUCUGUUCACGUGGUGUCCAAAGCAUCAUCACCGAGCCCCUUCCAUGCCCACAUCUAUGGUCCACCGACUGUUCCGCCACCACCAGCGCACUCAUCUCGGUCCACACUGUAUGAUGGGCGAAUGUUUACUGCGGCACCAGCUGUGAAACAAUCAAUGCCGCACUCACUCCAUGGAACAUCACCACCGACCGCAACUGCGGCACCCCUUCCCAUCUCCAGGUCACCUGGUGUAAUGCUACCUGUGAUUGCGCAACAGCACGUAAAUAGUGUUCAAGUGGCAGCAGCAUCAAACUCUUUCCAGACGCAACCGCUUGAUCUCGGUGUGUCAGAUAGGAGUCGCGAUGAGGGUAAGGUGUCACCAAAGAGAAAGGGGGCACCAAUGGGUAGUAGUAGUGUGUCGUGUGAGAUUAAGAAGAAAAGGACUGAAAUGCUACCGCAGCCACCGCCACAAAUGAAGCAUCAUACAGUGCAACAGCACUAUAUGCAACAUGUGCCACAUCAACAACCACCUCAACACUAUAUCAUACCGCAGCAGCAGCAACUGCAGCAACAGCAGCAACAGCAGCAGCAUCAGCAAAAUGUACCAUUGGCAUUAAAUAUGAAUGCCCAAUCGACAAAUAUGACGCCACCCAUGUCAAUAAGUCCGCUGGAUCAGAGAGUAGCGUCACCCCUGGUCACUGCCAAUAUGACAGUUCCUCAUGUGGAGGCGCCAAAAGUGCCAAAGCAACAAAUACAUCCCGAUGGGACCAAUCCUGUUGUCACAAUUGCCCCAGCGGAUGUGGCAAAUAAUACAAAAGGAAAUAUGAGUGUUACAGUGGCGGCAACAUUCAAAGUUAACUCCAUUGCUAAUUCCAUACGAACAAAUUCUGCCGAUGGUACCUGCCGUACGACGACACUCAGUGAUACCUCUAGUCCGGCACCCAGCCCGGAAUUGCGAAGUUCACCAGCAACUCCAGCUAAAAUUCUUACUGAACCAGAAAAAUCAUCUAGUCCCGCUCCCAAACCCAAUGCACCACGACAUCUAAAGAAAGCCUGGCUUCAGCGUCAUACGGGGGAAGAUUUGGAAGAUAGUACGGGUAUAACGGGUGGUGGAAGCUGCGUAAAAUUGCCACUUACACUCAAUCCCAAGCCAAUUGUAAGCAAUAGCGAUCAACAGACCACAAAUAGCAAUAAUAUUACAACAGCUACAACAACAAAUUCCACAACACACUCAACGGUCCAUUCAAUACACAAUGUGGGGACAAUGGCAAUUAAUAGUAUCAGUAAAACCAAAUCUAUAGUUAGUGGAAGUAAGAUAAAUCAACAUCCGAAAAAGAGUGCUGUUAUCAAUCAAAACAACAUCAAUCGUGACAAUGGACACAAUUCCGAUUCAAAUCAAAAGGAUGAUAGUUCCAGUUCAGAUCAGGAACGUCCUCCAAAGAGUCCUCCAAAGCGUAAACCCAUUAAAGUGAAACGACGCAAGGGUGGUGCUAGGAAGCAUGCGGAUGAGAGUAAAAAGAAGAGGCAGGCAAGUGAAAGCGAUAAGGAUAGUGAAAGUGAUAAGGAAAGUAUAUCCGAUAAGGAUAGUGAUAGUACGAGUGCGUCAUUGGGGAAAAAGACAAAUGGAAAUGCAGCAGCAAAUUCAGCAAUUGCCAAGGAGCCACGAAAACGUGGAAGACGUCCAAAAAACGCAAAAGAUGAUACAAGUACUAAAAAAAAGCAAAAAGACGAGACGAAUCCCCUGAGAGAUCCAUUCUGCAAGCCACCAAUAUCGCAGCUGAAGAAGACGGGGGAGUCAUUUCUUCAAGAUGGGCCGUGCUUCGAAGUGGCACCCAAAUUGGCCAAAUGCCGUGAAUGUCGCUGGACACCAAAUCAACGUUCCAAGAAUACACCAAAUAUAUUUUGUCGCUUCUAUGCUUUCCGCCGCUUGAGAUACACAAAGAAUGGUCAGCUGGCAAUUGCUGGCUUUUCGGAUCCCUACAAAGAUCCAAAGGAUGAUGAUUUGAAGCUUUGGAUUCCCGAUGGGGAUAGCCCACCCAGUGUGUUGGAUUUGCAAGGAGCAAGAUUCCUUCUUGCCUAUGUUGCUGAUCAAUUUUGUGAUUUAGUACAACAGGAGAGGGAAGCAAUGGCUGAACACAUGUCAGAAGAUAAAACAAUCGCAUGGAAGCGAGUGGUCCAAGGUGUUAGGGAGAUGUGCGAUGUGUGCGAGACCACACUGUUCAAUUUCCACUGGGCCUGCAGCAAGUGCGGUUUUGUGGUUUGCAUUGAUUGCUACAAGGGCCGAAAGCAUGGAUCUGACAAGACAUGGGGUGAAAUUGGUGGAAAAGAUCGUGAUGAGUGCUCAUGGUUGCUUUGCACCAAUAAAGCAACACACGAACAGGAGAAGUUGAUGCUGACACAGAUAAUUGCGGGUGAUUCACUGCAAAUUCUCACGCGUCAGAUGCACGAGGCGAGAUCACUGUGGAAUAUCCCAUCCUUCUGUGGGUGUCCCCUUAUGGUGGAGCAACAUUCAAAGGCAACAAAUGGUGUGUGCAAGGAGUACAUUAGGCGUCUCCUGAAGAAUGAUCUCAAUGGUGUGAAGAAGGAAAUUAAGCAGGAAGGAAAUUUUGGUGCAAAUGGUGCAAUAAAGCAAGAGGAUAAUUCAUCGGCACUAUCGUGGCUAGCGGAAGUUGCGCUGCAGAAUGAAGUGAAGAAAAAUGGGGCAAAAGAGGAAGUGGUGCGCGGUGGGGGUGAGAAGAGAGAAAAUUCAAAUGAUUCCGAUUCCGAUGAUCCAUCACAUUCAACACUCAGAGAACUCCUCAUACGACCAGCAAGUAAACUCAAUGGAAGUCGUACAAAUUCCCCCGUUGGGAAGCCAACAACAAAAGAUCCGGGAGCUUUGGCGGAAAAUCACGAUGCAACCAUCACAACGGAUGGACUCAUUGCAGAUGAGAAGGAUCCAUUGAUGGAGCAAUUUCAGAAUUCCUACUACGUCUCUGGGAAGGAUAGGAAAAUGUUUAAUAAUGUUCCAAUUAGAAUUAUGACGAUGAUUGAGUCGAAAUCUCUGUAUCCGGACAUUGCACACGGAUGGCUGUGUGAUGGGAAACUUUUGAGACUUUUAGAUCCAGCAGCUGCGAAUAAUAUAAAGAUUUUUCAAGAGCAAUGGCGCCGUGGACAGCCAGUUCUUGUGUCGGAUGUGGCAAAGAGAUUAACGGCAGAUUUGUGGCUUCCUGAAUCAUUUUCACGUGAUUUUGGGGAGGAUAAGAAUGACCUUGUGAAUUGUCUCAAUGGGAAAUUAGUGUCAAAUCAGCAAAUGCGAAAAUUCUGGGAUGGCUUUGAGUACAUUAGUAAGCGCCUGAAGACGGAUAAGGGGCAACCGAUGUUGCUGAAAUUAAAAGACUGGCCACCAGGGGAGGAUUUUGCCGAGAUGCUACCAAGUCGUUUUGCUGAUCUCAUGAAGGCACUACCACUGCCUGAGUACACACAACGCAAUGGACGAUUGAAUUUGGCUGGGCAUCUACCGGAUUGUUUUGUACGUCCGGAUUUGGGGCCAAAAAUGUACAAUGCCUAUGGAUCGGCACUCUAUCCAUCCAAGGGAACAACAAAUCUCCAUUUGGACAUUUCAGAUGCAGUGAAUGUGAUGAUGUAUGUUGGCAUACCGAAGGAUGCUGAUGAGGAGGAGACAAUAAAGGCGGCUUUUCGUGCUAUUGACGAAGCAGGAUGCGAUAUUUUGACGAAGCGUCGGGUGCGUGAUAAGGGUGAACUUCCGGGGGCGCUUUGGCACAUCUAUGCCCCGCGAGAUGCAGACAAAAUACGGGAUUUACUAAAUAAGAUUACAUUGGAGAAGGGAUACUGUCUUGAACCGCAUCAUGAUCCCAUUCACGAUCAACAGUGGUACCUCGAUGGACCACUACGGGAGCGUCUGUACAAGGAGUACGGCGUCGAAGGGUAUCCCAUUGCUCAAUGUCUUGGGGAUGCAAUCUUCAUUCCGGCUGGGGCACCGCAUCAAGUGCGAAAUUUGCACAAUUGCAUAAAGGUGGCGCAGGAUUUUGUCUCACCGGAAAAUGUGACAAAGUGCUUUGAUCUCACGCAAGAAUUUCGAAAUCUCACUGAUACACACUCCAAUCAUGAGGAUAAGUUGCAAAUUAAGAAUAUCAUCUACCAUGCUGUCAAAGAUGCCAUUGGAUGUCUCUCCCAUGCGCUAAAUCAGCGCAUUACGGAAAGUCAGAUGUUUGACAUCAAAAAGGAGGUGGUGCCCAUUAAGAAGGAGAUUAAGGAAGAGGAGGAGACUGAGGAUCAUCCGGCAAACUAAGAGGUCAACCAAAAGCAGCUGAUAAAAAAAAGGUAAAAAAAAAGAAAUUUGAUGAUUAAAACAAUGUGAAUCAAUUCAUAAUGGAUGCUUUGUGAUAUUAAUUAUUAAACAACAAAAACAACAACAAAAAAACUAAAUAAUGGUAUAAUUAUUAUAAUAUGAAAUGAAGUCGUGACUACGUAAUUUUACCGUGUAUAAAUAUUAUAUUUAGAAAUAACAAACAUUAAAAAAAACAAAUCUCUAUUAUAAAACCUACAUAAGUUAGAUUUUUCUCCUGUGAAUUUUUUAUGUUGUAUGUGAGAAAAAAAAGAGAAGACUUCUCUCAAAAUUUAGUUCUCAAUGCAAUAUUUCUUUGCAAUUCAUUCAUAAAUUUAUUUUAACGUAAAAUGAUGGAAAUUGAGAAUUUUUUUUAAUGAACUCGAAGCCAAAAAAAUCAAAUCAAUUUAAUGAUUUAUAAAAAAAAACUUCCUGAUUUUAUUUUGGGAAUAAGACUUAGAAUUUUGCAAAAAAAAAAGAAAAGAAACGUCUGAGGGGAAAUACAAACGAAAAGAACUACCUACUAGAGCUAAACACACAGAGCUGAAGUCACAUAGCAAAGAAAACUUAAAGAUGCAUUUCUAAUGAUAUGUAUAUGUAUAUAGAAUACCUAAUAUAUACAACAUUACACAUUAAUGUACAUAGAGAGAAAAUAAAAAAAAAAUCAAGAAAUGAUAGUAAUCUGUAUUAAAUGUUUUGAUAGUAAAGGAAAAAAUAAAUAAGUAUAUUGAACCUUUGGUAUUUUUUUUUGCCAAAAGGUCUCAAUAGCAUUCAAACAUUUAUAUACUAAAAGAAAAAUAGCGAAGGUCCACCCAAUACGGUAAUAAAGUUAAUGUCGGUGCAACAAAUCAAUUUUACUAUAAAAAAAAAUACAAGAUUAUAAGAAUCUAAAAUCUAUCGAUUAAAUCAAUGCCAUUUCAUUGUGCCCAACAUAAUGAAGAAGGUUGUAACUUUAUACGCAUAUUUGCAACUCAACUAUACCUACUCUGUAUUAAAAGUUAAAAAAAAAAGAAAAUUAUGAUGAAAAAUUAUAAUCGACUUUAGCCUUAUUACUUUUGGGUUUUAAUCACACUCAAGAUAACCAAUAGAAAGAAAAACAACUUUCAUCUCCUUGUCGACAAAAAUAGAAAGUAAAAUAAAUUAAAAAAACAAUAAAUUAAAUCAUAAAUCAAUGCUCUGGUUGCCUUGCAUUAAUCAUUUUUCUUUAAUAAGGAAGGAAAUUAAUUAAAGAAAAAACCUACCGAAUGAAGGGAUGUUUUGAAUUUUGGAAGAUUAAUUCAACAAACAAAAAAAAAUGAAGAAAACACAAAAAAUGAUCUCAUGCAACAAGAUAAUGUAUAGAAAUAUUAGUCAACUAAAAGUUAAUUUUAUUUUUGUGAAUUAGAAAGAAAGGGAAAUAAUGCUAAUUUUUAUUAGUUUGAUAGCUGAAAUGGAAAUUUCUCAUUCAAUGAAAAAAGAAAAAUGUAAAUAUAAUAUCAAAGCUCCAUUAACAAUAAUUUUGGAUUUUUCUUAUAAAUUUAUAGAUCACAAAAGACUGUUGAAGAAUAUUAUUAUUAUUAUUUUAAUUAACCUAACGUAAAGGUUUUUUUUUCUCCAAUAUUUGCGCGUACAAGAGUUGUAUAAGAAAGAAAAUGAACAAACUUUUGAUUUAUUUUUCAAUGAUUGAGAAAAGAGAAUUUCAAAAAUAAACGAUAAUUCACUCGGAAAUAUCAAAAAAAAAAAAUUCAAAACACUAUAAGGAAAAUAUAAUAGGGGAAGAGAUUAAAAAAAUGCAAAGAAGGGAUAAACUUUGAUAAAUGAAUUUAAGAAAAAAAAAACUUGUUCUGUGUGCUAAAACAACGAUUUUGCGAGAGAAAGAGGAAAUGUAUGUUUAAUGUGGAAUUAACGAUAAAUAUGAGUUUCACAUUAAAAAAAAAAAAAACAAAUACCCGCCGACCAGCUAUAAAUAAUAAUUUCUAAUCAACAUCUCUUAACGUGAAUGUUUCUAUUCAUUAUCACAAUUUUCUUUAAUAUUUUUUUUCGUUUUCUUUUAAUCAUUUUUACAAAGUUGUUCUAUUAAACUUUAAAAUUCACAAAAGAGACACAAAUUCUUAAAAAUCAGAACUAAACUUAUAACAUUUCUCCUUCUUUAUUAAAUUGUGAAAAUAUUUCCCUUCCAUAUAAAGGUUGUCUUACUUUUCCUUUAAAUCCCUUUAUGUUUUUUUUUUUGUUCAUAUUCUCUUUUUUUUCAUUACAAUUUUCCUGAGUUUUCUGCAAUUUAAAUUUUCUGUUCAAAUCUAAUUUUGAAGAAUUACAAAAAAACUACAAAAUUUCCACAAUAUUUUGUUUCUUUUGAAAGUUUGAGCUCAUAAAGUAUUUAAAAAUCGUUUUUUUUUUCAUAUAUAAGUUCUCUGAAAUUUUCUCUGCUAAGUCUCAGAAUUAUGCUUUAAAAUACUUUUUUUUCAUUCAAAAAAUGUCUUCUUGCGUUUACGCGUGAGCUUUGUUAAAUAGAUAAUAGAAUUUGUUUUUUUUUAAUUUUAUUCUUUUUUUUAAUCUAUUGAAAGAGCUUUAUUUAAUCCAUCUUCCAUUUUCAUAAAAUGAAACAAUACCUACGUGCAACUAACCAAUAUGAAGGUUUUAUCACAAAAUAUGUGCCCAUUCAUUAAAAAAAAUAAAUUAAUAUUUUCUUGUUCUCCAGUUUUAUUUUUUUAAGACUAACAAUUUGAUACAAGGAGUUGCAAUAAAUGGAUUUCAUUGUCAAACCAUUUUAAAAAAUUAAGAACGGAGCAUUUUUUCUUGAAACGAAAUUUCAAACUUUAGAAUUGAAAUUAUAAAAUAUGAACUGAAAACGAAGUUUAAAAAAAAAAAGAAAAAAAAUCCAAUGAAAUCGAUUAUUUUUCAUGAUAAAACAAAAAAUAAAAAUAAAACAUCAACUAUAUAAAUGAAUACUGAUAAAUGAAUCAUAAUGACUUACCUUUCUUGCAUAAGAAAAAAAACUGUGAGAAAAUGUAUAGAAUUGCAGGUGAAUGUUACAUGAAAAAAAAGAAAAGAUGAGUAAGAGACUAAUGGUAACUUUAAACAAAAAAAAAAACUCUUUGAAUAAUGUGAAGGAAUUCCUUAACAUGAUAACAAAUUCUCUGCAAUGAUCCUAAUAUUUAUAACUAAAAAAACACUGAAGAAAAUAAAUUAAAAAAUGAGAUAAUUAAUAUAAAAUCUAUAAAAACGAUGAAAUCAUAGUUUCUCAUGUAAAUAGAAAGAAAACAAGAAUAAUGAAAAUUUGAUGGUGAAUCGUCACAAGUGCGUGCUUGAAUAAAAAGAAAACUAAUAAAUUAUAGCCGAUGUCGUGGGAAAAGCAUAAUUAAAAAAAAACAGAACUGUAAGAAUUUAAAAAGAAUAUUAUUUAGAGACGUAAGAUAAUUCCAAAAAAAAAAUGAUGAUUUUUCCUUCUACCAAAACUGUUGAGAGUCCAAGAGAUUAAAAAUCAAAUUUUCAUUCAUAUUUCUUUCUGUAUAUGUAGAGAAAAGUCGUGAAGAAGUAAAAAGAAAAAAUAUUUCAGAACAUUUUCUUUACCUAAUAAUUUCCUUAAAGAAAAAGUCCUGAAAAUGGAAAAUACAUAAAUAUAUCAACACAAGGAGAGAUCAAACAUUAUUAGACGCGCGUGUAUGAUUUUAUCAUCUUAGUAAUGUAUGUUGGAGCCUUACAUUAGAGACAGUUUUUUUUUUAAAUUAAUUCCUUUUGCCAGGUAAAGAACAACAACAAAAAAAGAAUAAUAGAAAAGAAUUCUGUUUGUGAGGAAGAUUAGAACGAAAAAAUGUGUGUGAGAGAAAAAGAGAAAUAAAAUGUGGUGUGCAUUGAUUGACUAAAAUUGGCUUCAUUACGAAUAUUCAUUUUUGUACUGUGUAUAAUGUAAUAAGGAUAUACUUGAAUUAAAUAUAAGAAAAAUGUUUAUAUUA